CCCUGGGGGGCCAGGUCAUUUAUCUGAGGGCAUUCGGCCUUAUUCAAACUCAGGGCCACCGACUACAAAGCCCUGCGCCUCUUUCCUUCCAACCUGUUGCCUUCCUUGCCUCCGGUGUUAACUUCUCCAGGGAUUUUUUUUUUGGAGACGAUAAACUCUCUGAAGGCAGGGGCUUCCACUCCUCGGAAUGGGUUGGGGUGGAGGGGCUGCCGCGGCCUUUUACUUGUAAAUCCUGAUGAAUAUGGCCAUAAUUAAGACCCCUCCCCCAACUCUUCCUGCCUCCUGUUCCCUCCCCACCUAGUUCCCAGGGGCUUCUGGGCUGUGGAAGCCACUGGCCUUAACUUUACCGGAGAUUUCCUUUUUAUUAGCUCCCCGGGUCACCUGGCCUUCUGGCCGCUGGGCCAGACAUGGGAAACUACCAGGUCGUAGGAGCUAAUGAGAUGGCGUGAGAGGGGACCUCAGCUAAGGAGAAUAAUACCUAUACCUGUGGGUACCUCAGAGAAGCACAGAGGCACCUCCGCCUCAGGACAGGAGCCCCCGGGAUCCUGCCACCGUCCCUCCGAGGCCCUCCAGCCCCAGCCAAGCCAAUGCACCCAGAAAAUAAACUGACCAACCAUGGCAAGACGGGGAAUGGCGGGGCUCAAUCGCAGCACCAGAAUGUGAGCCAAGGGCCCACCUGUAACCUGGGCUCCAAGGGCGUGGGGGCAGGGAAUCAUGGGGCCAAGGCCAAUCAGAUCUCCCCCAGCAACUCCAGUCUAAAGAACCCCCAGGCAUCCGUUCCCCCCUUUGGCUCACUCAAGGGGAAGGUGAAGAGGGAGAGGAGCGUGUCAGUGGACUCCGGGGAACAACGGGAAGCUGGGACUCCAUCCCUGGACCCGGAGGCCAAAGAGGUGGCCCCCAGGAGCAAGCGGCGCUGCGUGCUGGAGAGGAAGCAGCCCUACAGCGGGGACGAGUGGUGCUCGGGGCCCGACAGCGAUGACGACGACAAGCCCCUCGGGGCCGCCCAUAACUGUAAUGUAGCAGACCCAGCCAUGGCCACCACGCAGCUGGGCUCAGGCCCGGCGCCCCCGCCGCCCCUCAGUGAGACCAGCGCCCCCGGGCCCCCCCACGGGCCUCCGACCGGCCUUCGGCCCGAGGGCCCCGGCGGCCUGGGAGGCCCAGGAAAGUCAGCCGCCCAGUUUGUCUACGUCUUCACCACUCACCUGGCCAACACGGCAGCUGAGGCGGUGUUGCAGGGCCGAGUUGAUUCCAUUCUGGCCUACCACCAGCAAAACGUGCCCCGUGCCAAGCUCGACCAGGCUCCCAAGGUGCCGCCGACGCCAGAACCGCUUCCCUUGAGUGCCGCCUCGGCAGGCACCCCCCAAUCCCAGCCGCCUCCCUUGCCCCCGCCUCCGCCGCCCCCCGGCAGUGCCCCCCCGGCCCUGCCCACCUCCCUGCCCCCCGAGGGGCCACCUGAGGACACACACCGAGACCUGACGCCCAACUCCGUGGGGGCCGCCAGUAGCAAUGCCACAGGGGGAACCCACCCCAACACGCCCACGGCUGCCACUGCCGCCAACCCCCUGGCCCCGGGCGGGGACCCCGGCGGCGCCCCUGGCGGCCCUGCUCUGCUAGGGGAGGGCGCUCCUGCGGGCAAUGGGCAGCGGGCCCUGACGGGCUCGGAGGGCCUCUCCAAAGAACAGCUGGAGCAUCGGGAGCGCUCCUUACAAACGCUCCGGGACAUCGAGCGGCUGCUGCUGAGAAGCGGGGAGACCGAACCCUUCCUCAAAGGCCCACCGGGGGCCGCCGGGGAGGGGGGCCCGCCGGCCCCGGCCCCCACAGCCCCACAGCAGCCCCCAGCCCCGGCCCCUGGAGGCCUGAAGAAGUACGAGGAGCCCCUGCAGUCCAUGAUCUCCCAGACACAGAGCCUCGGGGGCCCCGGGCUGGAGCACGAGGUUCCGGGGCACCACCCAGGCGGCGACAUGGGGCAGCAAAUGAACAUCAUGAUGCAGCGCCUCGGCCAGGACAGCCUGACGCCCGAGCAGGUGGCCUGGCGCAAGCUGCAGGAGGAGUACUACGAGGAGAAGCGGCGGAAGGAGGAGCAGAUUGGCCUCCACGGUGGGCGGCCCCUGCAAGAGAUGAUGCUGUCCCAGGGCAUGGGGGGCAUGAUGGUCCGGGGCCCCCCGCCCCCCUACCACAGUAAGCCCGGGGACCAGUGGCCUCCCGGCAUGGGGGCCCAGCUCCGCGGGCCCAUGGAUGUGCAGGACCCGAUGCAGCUCCGAGGAGGGCACCCGUUCCCGGGACCUCGUUUCCCUGGCAACCAGAUGCAGCGGGUGUCCGGGUUUGGGGGCAUGCAGAGCAUGCCCAUGGAAGUGCCCAUGAACGCCAUGCAGCGGCCCGUGCGGCCGGGCAUGGGCUGGACGGAAGACCUGCCCCCGAUGGGGGGGCCGGGCAACUUUGUGCAGGGGGCGGUGCCCUACCCCGGGGGGCAGGGCGAGGCAGAGAGAUUCAUGACGCCGAGGGCACGCGAGGAGCUGCUGCGGCACCAGCUGCUGGAGAAGCGGACGAUGGGGAUGCAGCGCCCGCUGGGGAUGGCCGGCAGCUCCAUGGGGCAGGGCAUGGAGAUGGAGCGGAUGAUUCAGGCCCACCGGCAGAUGGACCCCGCCAUGUUCCCCGGGCAGAUGGCAGGCGGGGAGGGCCUGGCAGGGGCCCCCAUGAGCAUGGAGUUUGGGGGCAGCAGGGGUCUCCUGAGCCCCCCGAUGGGGCAGUCCGGCCUGAGGGAUGUGGAUGCCCCCAUGGGGCCUGGCAACCUGAACAUGAAUAUGAAUGUCAAUAUGAACAUGAACAUGAAUCUCAACGUGCAGAUGACUCCCCAGCAGCAGAUGCUGAUGUCGCAGAAGAUGCGGGGCCCCGCAGACAUGAUGGCCCCCCAAGGCCUGGCUCCCGAGGAGCUGGCCCGGGUGCGGGCCCAGAACGGGAGCGGCAUGAUGGGGGCGCCCCAGAAGAUGCUCAUGCCCUCCCAGUUCCCCAACCAGGGCCAGCAGGGCUUUUCUGGUGGGCAGGGACCCUAUCCUGCCAUGCCUCAGGACAUGGGCAGCACCCCGGACAUGUUCAGUCCCGAUCAGGGCUCGAUGCCCGUGGGCAACCUGGGCACCACCAGGCUCAGCCACAUGCCCCUCCCCCCGGCUCCCAACCCUCCCCCUCCCGCUCCCAUGCACCCGGCCCCGGCCAGAGGCUUGGGCCGACGGCCCUCAGACCUCACCAUCAGUAUUAACCAGAUGGGCUCGCCGGGCAUGGGGCACCUCAAGUCACCCACGCUCAGCCAGGUGCACUCACCCCUGGUCACAUCGCCCUCUGCCAACCUCAAGUCGCCCCAGACGCCCUCCCAGAUGGUGCCUCUGCCUUCUGCGAACCCCCCGGGACCCCUCAAGUCCCCCCAGGUCCUCGGCUCUUCCCUCAGCGUCCGUUCGCCCACCGGCUCACCCAGCCGGCUCAAGUCUCCCUCCAUGGCCGUGCCCUCCCCGGGCUGGGUGCCCUCCCCCAAGACCGCCAUGCCGAGUCCGGGGGUCGGCCAGAACAAGCAGCCGCCUCUCAACUUGAACUCUUCCAGCACCAUGAGCAACCUGGAGCAGGGUGCCCUCCCUCCCAGCGGCCCCCGGAGCAGCUCCUCCGCGCCCCCCGCCAACCCCCCCGGGGGCAUCAUGAACCCCAGCCUGCCUUUCACGUCUUCCCCAGACCCCACCCCCUCCCAGAACCCCUUGUCGCUGAUGAUGUCUCAGAUGUCCAAGUACGCCAUGCCCAGCUCCACGCCCCUGUACCACAACGCCAUCAAGACCAUCGCCACCUCGGACGACGAGCUUCUGCCCGACAGGCCCAUGCUUCCCCCGGGGACCAUGGCAGGCAUCAGCACCAACCAGCCCAACCAGUUGCAUCUGAACUCUGCGGCUGCCCAGAGCCCCAUGGGCAUGAACCUGCCUGGCCAGCAGCCCCUGUCCCACGAGCCCCCACCCACCAUGCUGCCCUCACCCAACCCGAUGGGCUCCAACAUUCCGCUGCACCCCAAUGCACAGGGACCCAGCGGGCCCCCCCCAAACUCCAUGAUGAUGCCCCCCGGUGCCCCCGACUCCCUGAACCCUCCUUGCGGCCCCAUGCCCAACGCGUCCCAAAUGAUGUCCUCUAACCAGCUGGUGUUCCCCCCUCGGCUUCAGCAGCCCCACGGCGCCCUGCCCCCCGGGGGAGGCGGGGCUGGGGGCCCCGGCAUGCAGCAGCACUACCCCCCCGGGAUGCCGCUGCCCCCCGAGGACCUGCCCAGCCAGCCGUCGGGCCCCAUGCCGGCCCAGCAGCACCUGAUGGGAAAGGGGCUGGCCGGGCGCAUGGGCGAGCCGUACCCCGCGGGCGUGCUCCCGGGCGUGGCCUCCGUGCUGAACGACCCCGAGCUGAGCGAGGUGAUCCGGCCCACCCCGACGGGCAUCCCUGAGUUUGACCUAUCCCGGAUCAUCCCCUCGGAGAAGCCCAGCAGCACGCUGCAGUACUUCCCCAAAAGCGAGAACCAGCCUCCCAAAACUCAGCCCCCCAACCUUCACCUCAUGAACCUGCAGAACAUGAUGGCUGAGCAGACCCCUUCCCGGCCCCCCAACAUCCCAGGUCAGCAGGGCGUCCAGAGGGGUCUCAACAUGUCCAUGUGCCACCCCGGACAGAUGCCCUUACUGGGCAGGACAGGCGUGCCCCCCCAGCAGGGCAUGAUGCCCCACGGCCUCCACCAGGGGGUCAUGUCCCCCCCCCAGGGCCUCAUGGCCCAGCAGAAUUUCAUGCUGAUGAAGCAGCGGGGCGUAGGGGGGGAGGUGUACAGUCAGCCCCCCCACAUGCUCUCCCCCCAGGGCUCCCUCAUGGGCCCCCCGCCCCAGCAGAACCUCAUGGUGUCUCACCCCCUGCGGCAGCGCAGCGUGUCUCUGGACAGCCAGAUGGGCUACCUCCCUGGUCCCGGCAACAUGGCCAACCUGCCCUUCUAGCCGGGCCGGGGGGCCGCAGGGCCCGGCACGGGAAGUCUCACAAACUUUAGAAGCCUCAUCCCUCUAACUCUGGACCGGCCCAGUGUCACGGGUUGGGGGUGGGGGCCUGGCGUGUGCUGUCGGCUGGGGGGAGGGGGGUUCAUUUUGGUUUGGGUUUCUACUCGGUUUCAGCCCCCGGGACCCCCGUCUCGCCCCUCCCCCCACCCCCGUUGGUCACUCAGCAUCAGUGAAUUAACGUGUUUUUGGUCCCAAACUGAACUGGAGGAGGGAGAGACAGGCCAGAGAAGGUCUCUCGGCUCUGCCUCCCGGUUCUCCCCUCCGGCCCCCUGCCCUCUCCCUCCCCCACCGCUGCCUCCCCCUCCCCAGUGGUGCGUCCCGGGCCUCUGUUCUCCCCCGCCCCGCUCGCUUCCCCCAUGCCGACAGUGGGUGGAUGUCAUUGGCCAUCAUUGCUGUAAAUAAGGCCUGCGCUUUGUGCCGGUGUGUGCGUGUGCUGUAUUUCUGUAUUUUAAUAGACGCCUCGGGAAAAAAGGAAAAAAGAAACCCUCCCUUUCCUGACCUGUGUUCUCCCCCAGAUCCCCCCCACCCACAAAGAACCCCUGACAUCUCUCACAGGGACAUGCGACACCCACACUCACCAUUUGCAAAAAGGUCUCCAGUGCAAGGUUCCCCCUUCCCCCCCACCCAGCCCUUAACCUUCCCAAACCCAGGCUUCCACCCAACUCUUCCAUCCGGGGGGGCUUCUGCGGACGUCUCUGAUCCCAGCGUCCGGUCCCUGCUGCCCCGACUCGCGGUCUGGGGCCUGCCUCUGCUACCUCUCCUCCACUUCCAAGCCCAUGCGAGAGCCUCUCCGGAAUGGAGAUGCCAGAGUGGGGGCCUGUGGGCAGGGGCUUCCCGCUUAACAUCCCUCCCCAUCCUUGGGCCGACCCCCGACCCCCCGGCCCCUCGGACACACCAGGAACUGGCCCCUGCCGGAGCGGACCUCGGCACUUAAGACCGUGGGGCUGUGCCAGCACCCAUGUCCUCCUGAAGUCGCCCCCCACUUCCUCUUACAGAAGGGGAAGAAGGGGAGUCUGAGUCAGCACCCCCCCAGAGGCUGUCCCUCCCAGGCGCUGAGUUACGGCCAUGGCCCUCCUGCGCCCCAAGCCUGAUCCGGCCUCUGGCAGGCGCCAAGCCUCGCUUCCCCUUCUCUACCCCCAAAGAGUAUCUUGUCCCUCUUCUUCCAAGUGACCUCUCCCCGUCCUCCCAAGCGGGCGAAGCUCCCGGGAGGCUGGGGUGUCGGCACAGUGAAUCAAAAGCCAUAGACAGCUGUGUGUUUUGUCUCAUUUGCCCUAAAAGAGGAACCUCUUUUUUCCCUUCCGGCCUUCAGGGAAGGCCGUUUGUGCUGAGGGCCGAUUCCAGGAGAGGUGUCUCUCCCCCUCGGGACACAUGCCCCUCUCUCUGCCAGCUUUCCUGUCCCGCCAGGGAUAGGGCCCAGGUCAGUAGCCAUGAUACAAAGGGAUAUGGCCUCUUCCACCCCUCUCCCCUCCCUGGCAUCUGGUGCUGUCCACCUGGCCCGUCGUCAGCCCGAUCGAGUUCUUUCUCCCCAGCCUUCCCCCAAACAGAUCCCGGGGGUCCAGGACAGAGUUCUCUUGUUUCUGAACACCGCCUUCAUUCACAUCCUCAUCCUCCCCCUCCCACCGGGCCCUCUGCCCACCUUGGGUCUUGCUCAUCUCGGCUCAUCACCCUCUCCUGGCCCCAGGAUCACCAACAUCUUGUC